CCUUAACCGUCCCAUUUUGGCGCUCAAAUUGCAGUGAAACACUUUGGGCUCAAGUAGGAAUCGACGAACCAAGACGACGUCAUGUAACACAGCGUACCUGGUCUUCAAAUCACUCGUAGAGGCAAAAAUUCACAACCCAUAAGGAAUUACGAUGCUUCUCGCAAGAUUCCUAGCUUCCAGAUCCACUUCUCUGAGUAUUUCCUCAUCAAUUCCUACGUUUUAUCACUCAUUUUCAUCACUACCAAAUUCUCAAUCACACGAAACAUUCUCCAGAAAUUUUGACGAAUCUCUUGUUCUGAAUCAGCUCUCCGACCUUUUACCCAUCCGUCAGACCCCUUCAACCGAAAAGCCCUUUUCUACAGACUCCUCUGAUCGGAAUAAUCACUUGGAAGAAGUUAGGGUUUUGGAUGCGUUUUUACCUCCUGAAGAUAAGUUACGGGGCAUUUUCCUUCAGAAACUUCACGGAAAAACUGCAAUCGACAAGGCACUGACAUCCGUUGACGUGGAAUUAACGGUUGAUUUAGUUGCUAAAGUAGUAAACAGAGGGAAUUUAGAUGCUGCAUCAAUGGUAACAUUUUUUAGUUGGGGUAUCAAACAGCAAAAAAUACCUAUUAAUAAUGAUACUUACUGUAUAAUUCUUAAAGCAUUAGGCAGGAGAAAGUUUUUCGCGCACAUGGUUGAAAUGUUGGAGGAUAUGAGGAGUCGAGGUAUAAUCCCUAAUUUAGACACACUUUACAUUGUGGUUGAUAGCUUUGUUCGAGCUCGACGCAUUUCAAAGGCUAUAGAGUUGUUUAGUGGAUUAGAGGACUAUGGGUUGAAAUGUAAUACCGAGACACUUAAUGUUGUUUUACAGUGUUUAUGUCGUAGAUCACAUGUAGGUGCUGCGAGUUCUUUGCUUGUGAAAACGAAAGCAAAAGUCUCAUUUGAUGUUUCGACAUAUAAUAUUGUCAUUGGUGGGUGGUCGAGGUUUGGAAGAGUUAAGGAAGUUGAGAGGAUCUUGAAAGAAUUGGUGGAUGAUGGAUUUGAGGCCAAUAAUUUGACUUAUAGUUAUGUUCUUGAAUGUUUAGGGAGAGCUGGUCGAAUUGAUGAAUCCGUUGAGAUUUUUGAGGGGUUGGAGGAAAAAGGGUGUGUGCUUGAUGCUGCAAUCUACAAUGCAAUGAUUUCGAAUUUUAUUUCACAUGGUGAAAUUGAUGAAUCUGUCAAAUAUUAUGGGAGGAUGUUAAAUACGGGUUGUGAGCCAAAUGCCGAUACAUAUAUGAAACUAAUAUCUGCUUUUCUCAAAGCUAGAAGAGUAGCCGAUGCCAUUGAAAUGUUCGAUGAAAUGUUAAGCCGGGGGAUGAUUGUUACUACAGGGACUUUAACCUCUUUUCUUGAGCCUUUAUGUAGCUAUGGUCCCCCUCAUGCAGCUUUGAUGAUUUAUAAGAAGGCGAGACAAGCUGGAUGUAGGAUAUCCUUGACUGCAUAUAAGUUGCUGCUUAUGCGGCUUUCUAGGUUUGGGAAAUGUGGUAUGUUGUUAAAUAUCUGGAAUGAGAUGCAAGAAAGUGGUUAUUCUUCUGAUAUGCAAGUUUAUGAGUAUGUCAUCAAUGGGCUUUGUAACAUAGGGCAGCUUGAAAAUGCUGUUCUGGUGAUGGAGGAAGCUUUACAGAAAGGAUUUUACCCUAGCAGGCUUAUUUGUAGCAAAUUAAAUAACAAGCUACUAGCUUCAAAUAAAAUAGAGAUUGCAUACAAGCUUUUUCUAAAGAUAAAAGUUGCACGUGGAAACCAUAAUUCGCAAACAUACUGGCGUGCUAAAGGGUGGCAUUUCUAAUGCUUGGGAACUCAGCUGAUUUAUGCAACUGCUUCUAAUUAUCUGCUUUCAGAAUGAUGAACAUAAGAAUAAUCAACCUUCACUGCCCUAAGCUGCCCCUGGUAAUGAACUGAAGCUGCUCCUUUGUUUUCCUAAUGGGUAUCCACUGCCAUGUAUAGCAGGGUAAAAUUUGAGAAAUUAUGUGAAGCAGCAGGGUCUGAAGUAUUGUUUUGCAUUAUCAUGGAGGGGGUAAUAUUUUAGAAAUUUCUUGAAGCAUCGGGGACUGAAGUAUUACUCUUCUUUGCUGGAAGUUGUUCUGUGGAAUCUAUGGAAAAGUCAUUCCAAUCUGAGUCACAUAUUUAUUUUUGACCUUUGAAGCGAGUGCUGCUAGUUGGAGUCAAAUUGUGUAGCUGGUAAUGAAUGUAUUCCAACUGCUGUGGCCAUGAAAAGUCAUUAAAAGAAUUCUUUAUCUUGUUUAUUAUGAACAAGCAUUGUAGAAAAACGAGAAUCAUGACUCUGGUGCGUCCUUAACCAUUAGUCUGGAACGUAACUGCCUUUAACCCCCAGGGAGGGGAGUCGUUUAAUGAAAUACAACUUGUAAAGAAUUAGCCUUGUGACUCACUCAAAUGAUAUGGUCUGACUGAUCGGUGACAGAUACUAGGUUAUUCAGGAAAUGAGAUUCUUCAAAGCUACUGGGUAACUUCUCAGUACGCAUUUCUGUUGGUAGUGAUGUACUUCCAUGUGAUAUGGGGGAAGGUCCGAUAUUGAGUGAGGAUAAGGAUGAAAUGACUGCAUUGCUGGGUGGGAAGUGGCAACUGAGAAGGUUGAUACUAUCGUGGGCGGAUGGAUGAAAAGGAAAUUUCCCACCUUAAGAGUCAUCCUUAAACCAGCUCCGAGCUCCUAUUAGUUAUCCGUAAGGGUACAGGAGAGUAGGGAAUGAUAUAUUUGGAAUGUGAAAUAUCCACAAGUUUAAGGGUACAAGAGAGAUGAGAGGAGGUUUCUCAGCCUAUGCAUUUAUAUCUGUGCUUUCACAUCAGUAGGUGACACCCUGAUGCUUUAGUUGUAUAGAAUAUUUAGGUCAUUUGAAUGCUCAGAACUUGAAUAUACAAACAAAGUAAAUCUUUAGGUCUAUUAAAGUUUUUUAUCCUCAAAUUUAUUUGUUCAGGUAUUUUUUCCAGUUUUGGUUUACUUGGUUUAGCCCCUAACUGUGGUCUCCUUUACCAAAGCUGAAAUGAUUAAGGAAAAGUAUCGACUUAGAAGGGCGUGACGCCGUCAUCUAAUACCAGAAGAAGCCUAAGUAAGAACUGAUUUCAAAAGUUAUACAUAUAACAAUUAUUAUCAGGAUAAAAUGACUCAGUGGCCCAAAGUGAUAUGUGAUGAGGCAAGAAGAUAUGAGGUCUCAAUGUUGCAUUCUGCAUCUUAAUCUUGUAUAAAAUUCAAAGAAAGGUGAGCCAAGGCUCUGGAUUUUCAAUAAUAUCCGUCAUAAAUACUGUACUCCUCUUAAUGAUUUAGCUUCUAAAAAAAGAUAACCAUUCUGCUAUAUCCAGCCUUUAGCCAAUCAUGCAUUUAUUGAACACAAGAAAUUCUUUCGUGCUAUCCAUCUGUAGUCAUAUGAGACUGGUUUAUUUUACUUUUUUGCAGCGGUGCAGCUCUUCCAACCAACACUCCUGGAAUUCCAUGCACUUUGAUCCUCAAGGAAGAGCUGGUAUAUGUGGUGAUUGGCUACUCGGCUCAAGUUUAGAAGCUGCAGCUAUAAGUGGCAUAGCUCUUGCUGAUCAUAUUGCAAAUUACUUCGAGCAAGGUGGACCUUGCUCAUAUGAGUUUGCCGUUGGUUUGCACGAGGAAUAUAAGCCACUUGGAGGACAUGAUAUAGGGCAGUUCCCAGGAGUGGAAUCUGUUGAUCCGACCACGAAGGCCCCAGCUUUGACACUCACUACAUGAAUUAAUCCUGAAACAACUUUUUUUUGAUGAUUAGUUGGUAAAAGCAAGUGAACAAAAUAAGACUCACUAUCAGAACAAGCAAUUUACAGUGCUGAUUAUCGGCAUACUUGAGCUUAUAUCACUUUUGCUUAGCAGCUCCUGAAAAGGUUCCAACUCGAUACGAUAUAAUUGAGGCCGAGUGGGAUUUCCUAAACCUUCAUCCUUGGUUGGAAAAGAAAACUACUCAUAAGUCUGUCGU